AUGUCCUUGGCCGUACUCCCUACUUUAUGUUGUCUCUUGGUGGCAGCCGUUCAACUUAUAUGCUGCGUCCGUUCCCAGCCGUAUCCGCCCCAAGAACCGGGGGCGCAAAAGGUCGCCAAGUAUGAAUGGGCCAGUUUCAUACCAGCAGCAGUUAACUCCGCGCCCAACGCCACCGAGACGCUGACCGUGGCCGAUAAAAUCCAUUAUUAUCGCGGUCACGUGGCGGAGCUGCCGCAGUCGCGCGCCCACGGGGUGCUGCGGAAGAACGGGCUCUUCGAAGGCGUCGUCGAAGCCGGAAGUGAGACGUAUUUUAUUGAAAGUCCUGUUCGAUUCUUUGGCAACACGUCGCGCAUAAAAUCCUCCAAAGAGCAGUCCAACCGCGCCAUCAUCUACCGGUGGGAAGACCUGCGUCUCUUCCCCGUGGAGACUGCCUGUAAAGCCAACGAUCCCUCCUGCUACUACUACCAGACCGUUCUCCACUACAAAGCCCUGUUCCCGCCCACCGACGGCCCGCCCAUCGUCCGGCACGCCAAUCUCUACCCCGCCUACGACGACCCGCCGCCCCCUGUGGGCGAAGACAAAACCUGCCACAUCCACGUCAUCGCCGACCACCGCUUCUUCGCCAACGUCGGCUUCGCCUCGGUGCAGAAGACUGUGGAGGCCAUUGUCUGGCACAUCGAGGAGGCCGACCAUCUGUACCGCUCCACCGAGUGGACUAUGCCCAGUGCCCCACGAAAAGUGGGUGUGUCCCUUAAACGCAUCACGGUGUUCACUUCGCUGCAGUCGCCGGGGAAUCCCUUUCAAGAGGAUGACCUGAAUGAUGAGCAGUUCCUGAAGAAGAUGAAGUUCAUCGAUACGGGAGAUGCCUGUAUCGCCAUGACCUUUACCUUUUCCUAUCUGCAGGGCACCUUCGGCAUCUCCUACGUUGGCACCGUGUGCAAUCCGCGAUAUAACUGGGCGCUGGUCAAUUUUCGCAGCAUGGACGGAGAGGUGCGGCAACGAGCGGCAUCGGUGAUCACCGUGAUGCACGAAAUCGCCCAUGUAUUCGGGGCCAACCACGACGCUGUGGAUACCUCCCCGACGAACUGCGUGCCGGCUGGCAAAGCCAACGACGGCCACAACGGCGGCAACUACAUUAUGUACCCUACGUCGGCCAUGGGCAUGCACAACAACAACCGGCGCUUCUCACCCUGCAGCAUCUACUCCAUCGGCACCAAUCUGCAGAACCGCCUGAAAACCAACUGCAUGAAUGUUGCCAAAGAGAAAUACGAACUCUUAUGAUCGGUGAUCGAUAAUCAAAAUUAAUUUGUGUCAUGUUUUUAUGAGUGCUGUUGAAUUGCUGCAACAGUUGCACGAACUCAAUAAUUAGUACGAGUGCUCGCACAAGAGCAGAAAAGGAACGCGUCGUAACGAGAGCGAUUUAUCUGACUGUUUACUGAAAUUAAUUACAGUACUUAUUUACUGUAUGUUAAGGUUAAGCAUUGUGUAUGCGGCAACAGGUGACCCUUUGGAUGUGGUAACAAUGGUCCAACAAUAAAGUGCUGUACAUUAA